AUGGACCUUGCCAGCCUGCAGAAGUUGAGUGCCAAAGUAACACCAAUCAAACUAAACAGCUUUGUGCAAGACUAUGGAAGAAUUAUGGACAUCUUAAAUGAGAAGAUGGAUCUAAUGACCGUAGUGACUAUUGCUCAGUUCUAUGAUCCACCUCUACGUUGUUUCACAUUUUCUGGUUUCCAGUUGGCUCCAACCUUGGAAGAGUUUGAGAGGAUUGUAGGCCGAAAUUUGAAAGAUUAUAAUCCAUUUCCGAAGUUUGAUGAAGGUAUUCCUCCCAAGAGGAUAGCUUUAGCUUUGGGUUUGAAGGUUUCUGAAUUCGUGGACAAUUGGGAUGUGAAGGAAGCUUUCAAUGGUUUUUCUAGGAAGUUCUUAGAUGAUCAAGCUAAGAAAAUGGAAAAAGAGGGGAAUUGGAAAUAUUCCUAUGUUGUGUUAGCUGUGUUGGUAUAUGGGAUAGUUCUCUUCCCAAAUAUUGACCACUUUGUGGACCAUCUAGCUGUGAGGAUCUUUCUCUCUGGUAACCCUGUACCGUUCCUCCUAGCGGACCUCCACUAUGCUCUCCAUGAGCGUCAUGAGAAAAAGGGAGGAACCAUUUUAUGUUGUGCACAGCUGUUGCAUGUCUGGUUCAAAUCUCAUAUGCCCGAAGAAGGCCCUUUCGUCUCAAAGGAACUCAAGCCCUCCCAAAAGUUAGCUUCUCUCACUUCCAAUCAUGUUAAGUGGUAUAUCAGGGAUUGGGAAACCGAGGAUGUUAUUGUCAGCAUUGGAGACUUCCCCAAUGUACCUUUAAUAGGAACCAAGGGUUGCAUCAACUAUAACCCCGUGUUAUCUUUGAGGCAACAUGGUUACCCUAUGAAUGGCCCUCCAAAAAGCUGA